GAAACUCGCAGCCAGUAUAUGCGAGAUGCGAGUGUUUACUGAGUAAACCUUACCUUUUGUAGGUAAAUUAAUUUAGGUGCCCAUAUGCGAUAGCUGAUCGGUUUAACUCAAGAAAGUCAAUGGGUCGCUCCUACUGGGAGUCGAAUUUGGAACCUUAUGGUUAUCGAGGCAAUAACUCAACUAACUUAGUUAGGGUUGUCUCCUCCGAUCUGUCUUGUAUACAUCUUGUUGCAACAAGCUCUUGUAAAUACUUUCUAGCGGAGUUUACCCAGUGCAAACAUUUGAGAUUAGAUUAAAGUAAAUGUGAACAAUUUCUCUAUAGUGAAUUCCCUCUUUUCAACUUUUUUAAAAAAUCUUUUGAAGGAUUAGGCUUUUUCCACCUCCCUUUGUUCUCCUUUUGCCUAUAAUAAAACACCUUUCUUAACUCAUCAUAAAGAGAUAGACAUGUGAUAUGGCCUGCAGGCUUCAACACAAGUGACCCCUCUCUCUCUCUCUCUCUCUUUCUUGGAGUGACCAUCAAAUUAAAGUCCUCUUUUUUUCUUGCAUUUUGGUAGAGAAAUCAAGAAAUGGAGAUGAAUCUGCCUUUCUUGAUUUCUUCUGUGAUGAUGUUAGUGGCAUUGGAACUGGAUUGGCAGCCAUUAUCAAUGGCUGCUGCAACAAACAACACUUGGGUUGGAUCAAAGUACCAAAUUGAAUGCACAUUGUGUUCAUCCUGUGACAACCCAUGCGACACCCCAUCACCGCCGCCACCCGCCGCCGCCGCCAACUGCCCUCCACCACCAUCUCCUCCUCACUCAUCCAACACCUACUACUACUACUCCCCACCACCACCCUCAGGCGGCUACAGCUACUACCCCUACACUCCACCUAAGGGGGUGGCGGCGGGAGGCUACUUCCCUCCGCCGCCGUACAAAGCCUACCCUUCCGGCCCGGCGCCGCCACCUCCCAACCCUAUAGUUCCCUACUUCCCAUUCUACUUCCACAGCCCUCCACCACCCUCAUCAUACUCCCUCCAAUUCAAGCCCUCUUUAUCUCUCUUUAUCAUCCCAUUUCUCCUCUUCUUUCUCAUCUGAUAUAUAGAUGGAAGCUAAAAUUCAAGAAAAUGAAAAUAAGUUGUCAGAAUCACAGAUCUACAGCCUUGCAGGGAAGAAGGAGCCUGGAACUCUUGAAAUGCAGCUCUGAUCUGAGCAAGAAGACAAGCUAAUAAGCAUGAAAGCUUUCUUCUGAUCCUGACAUGGAGUUAAUGAUUCCAUGGAGUAAUCUAUCUGUAAACUUAUGACAAUUAUUAGAUUUCCUCUUUUUAUUCUUUUUGACAUUAUUCAUUAAUCAAUUUUGCUCAUUUUACAUACUGUUUCAGUCACUAAUAAGCCUCUACAAGCUAGGUUCCAUUUCCAAUUUGUGAAGUUUAUAUAUUCUAAGUUGUAAGAGUGGUAUUUGAUUAUAAGUAAUAAAUAAGUUCGUCCCGUAUUGUCUGAGAUAGGAACACCCAAGUUAAGUAUUAUUUGUAUCAUGUGAAACGGUCUCACGCAAAUUUUAAUAAUAAUAAGUUUAAUGUUUUUCUUU